CUGAUUCUGUCCGUGUUUUGUCAGUUUCCUCGUCUGGGUGACCCUCUUCCAGGGUCUUCGCUUUUUCCCCCGCAACCGCGCAUGCAUGCAGAAACAAGUUCAAUUCGCGUCACUUUUGGGUCGAAAAAAUCCUUGAACUGCCGUUUCUUGUUCGCUCUCCCUUUCCAAGUUUUUCCGCUUCUGCGCUUCUUUUCCUUUUUUCCGCGUUUUUAGACUCUGAAUUCUCCGACUUUCUGCAUGCUCCUCACCAGCGAGGAUGCGCAGAACGCCUCCCAGAGUUAACACCAGCUGUCCGGCGACCACUUUGACGUCUUUUGUCGCAUUUGUCGGGUCUUUUCCUGCCUGUUCUUGCCUUUUUUCGUUUGCAUGCGUCACCUUUCUCAGUUCUCGACGAUUCUGAACCUAUGCACAUAUGGACAUGCUCGCUGUACCCUUUCUACUUUCGUCUAUCCACCCGUAUGUAUCGAUGCACGCGCGCGCGUAAACGCGUGCAUGCAUGAAGGUCUCGCAGAGGGGCAGGGAAAAAAGAAAAAGAUCAUCAAACACUUGGACAGACUCAGAUCUUAUGAGUCUUCUUCGCUGAAGCCGAGUUGGCUAUCUCGUCCUUCUCCCUGUUCACUCACUCACUUCCUCAACUCACUCCCUUCCUCAACUCACUCCCUUCCUCAACUCACUUGGCUACGUUCUCCGAGAGCCUCGACGCCCUUGUAAACCUGUCUACUUCUCGCUCCACUUCCAGUUCCUCUCCACCUGCCUUCAGUUCCUCACUCCACACAAACGCUUCGCAGAAACCAGGUCUUCUUCUCCAACAUGGAACGCAGCAUGCUGUGCACUCCAGAGGAAGCCUCUCUGUACGGCGAUGUCCUCGAGCUUUUGCAGCACCCUCACCGACGAGAUGUACGUACACAGGCACUGCAUGCAUGCGUCCAGUGCAGCAGCCACGCGUCGUUUCUGUCCUUUCUGAGGUCUCUUCUUCCCGAAGGCUCGACGCAUGCAGAGAAGCGAGAAGUCUCAGAGAGUCACGGCACCGUCGGAGAAGUUGAAAGGGAACCUCUCUCUCCCAGGAAGGACCUUGACAGGUUUUUGCGCUCAUGCGUUCGGAAUCUCGGUCAAGAAGAAGACGGCGCUUCUGCCGCCGCAGUUGAGGUCCUCAUCAAUCUGUCGGCUGACGAAGUUCUUGCGGACCACAUGGUGAAGCGGGAGCUGCACAUGGUGAACGUCGUUGUGGACAACUUGGAAGAGCAGACAAAAAACGAAGCUCCUCGGCAUGCAAACAUUUCUCUCAUGCUCCUCAGCAACCUGACGAGGAAGGAAGAGGCAGGACUCGCUCUUCUCGCGACCAAGCACGGCCUCCCCGGAUUUAAUCUCGUUCGUCUCAUCCGCGUCUUGGACGCUGCAGCACGGUCCCCGUUACGUCGCCUCCCCAAAGACACAUUCUGGCAGGAAGAGGGAUACUUCAUUCUCUCGACGUUGCAGAACAUUUCGAGUUUGAGAGAAGGAACCGCGACGCUGGCGGGAGCGCUCCUUCCUCAGCUCAACUCUCUUCUUUCCCUCCUUCCUCUCCUGCCGCCUAACUGCCACUCGCCGCUGCUGCGGCUGUGCCUGAACCUCUGUUUGGACAAGAAUGUCCACGCUUCGAUUUGUCGCUUUCCACCGCCCUCGUUGUCUUCGUCUCGGCUCGAGAAGAAAGUGGAACAGGCUCAAGGCGAGGCGACAGGCAAUCCCCAUCUCGGUCUGAACGGAGACAGCUGUGCCCCUGCCUCCCCUGCCUCCCUUACCUCCACUCGUGACUCCACUGCGAAUUCGCCUUCCGCUUCAGCAGCCUCUUCUUCCUCCUCCUCAGCAGCAGCCUCAGACGCCGAGAGCGACAGCAACAGCAGCCGGAGUCCGUCUGUGUGCAGAACGCAUGCAGUUCCGCAGUCGCGAGACGCCGACGGAGGGCGAGGCGCGAAGCGAGAAGAGCCGAGCGACAUUCCUUGUUCUCUCCUCCUCGCGCUCGCGUCCUUCCUGUACCCACCGCCAGGACCGAAGAGAGCAUUUAUGGGAGAAGACAAAGUGGAGAAGAAUGCGCAGAGGCGAGACGAAGGAGAGAAGGCUCCCGACGAGAGGAAGAGCGGCUCGUCAUCGAGGGAGGAAGGAGAAGAGAAGGAAAAGAGAGAAGAAACCGAGAGCGGAGACGCACAGAGAGAGAAGGGAGAGAAGAACACAGAAAAUACGACAGCGGAAAACGUCGCGCACACAGAUGCAGAAGUCGCGCGGCUUCGAUUUCUCCACCCAAUCGUUUCGCUCACUGCGUAUGGCCCGGCAGGCAGCGCCCUGAGUCGCAGCGUGGUUGUCAAUUGUUUCUCGGCGCUGGCUUUGACUGAAACUGGAAGGAACAGCAUGCGCGAGAGUGGAAUUUAUGAAGUCUUGCGAUGCGUGCAUCUUCUGGAAGAGCAAACAUCACCUGUCAGACAAGAGAUUGAGAACAUGGUACACAUCCUCGUUUACUCUGAGGAAGAACUGAGGCAGCAGGACGAAGACCUGGCGCGCUCUGCUCAGAGAGAGUCUCCCGACGCAAUCAAGAAACGCGCGUUGGCUGGCAUGGCAGCGUGAUCUCAACUUUUGACCAGACUGCGUUCAGUGACAAGAGCAAUCACCGAGAUGGAUCUUGCGGUGGACAACGUUGCAGUUUCCAGAGACUGAAGUGUACAUCAAAUGGAUGCAAUUACCUCGUCAAGCUGAGGGCGAGGUCACAGCUCCCAGACUCUUUCUUUCAGGGAUGUGGAAGCAAACGGAAAGAAACUCGGCACAAACUCGAAAGAGAGGGCAUCCUUUUUCCCUGGGCGCGAUAUUCAUGUGAUCCAAGUUAGGUUCUGUUUCUGUAAUCUACUAGCGGAUGCUUCUGUCGACGCUGUUCAGUGGCAUCCAGCAGCAGACUCUCGAGACGCGAGAGUGCAAACGAAGCUCGGUCUCUGGGUCUUCUUGUACCUCGUCGUUCUAUGGGUGUAUCGCCUCUUCAGGAAGCAUGAAGAGAAGCAACAAGCGAAACAUGGCAUUUAAACAGUGGUGGUGUCUCGACAGAGAAAUGACGACAAUUCGUUUGCGACGACGACACCCGAGGAAGAGGCGCUUCCAUGUUUUAGAACAAGAAUUGAUGUUUGACUGUAGCUUUUCUAGGUCUUUCUUCGGGAGACCAAUCGAUUUCACCACAGACUUUAAGGUUUUCUGGGUCGUCUGUAACUAAAACAAGAGCGGUAGCCGCCCCGCGACCGUGUGUUGUGGGUCACACGGAGAAAACGUUUUUCUUGUUCGCUUUCGUUUUGUCGACGAGCAAAAGGGCAGAACGGAAGACUGUUUCGUCUUCCCUUUUGAAACGCCUGCUUUUUCACUGUCACCGAAGAAAGGCAGGACGACAGCCUUCUUCUUCGCCUCGACACAAGACGAACAGGCAAGAACCGUCUCUGGUGGGGUGCGACAAAAUACGCUUUCCUACAGAGAUAGUCAGAAGACAAGAACAAAAGACAAGAACAGGAGACAAGAACAAAAGACAAGAAAUCGACUUCCUCUCUCGUUUCUAAAAAGUAUCCUUUUCCGGAAGCGUUUGUCUUCCUCAAGCUCUCUCGCCAGCAGAAACCUUUUUCUUUUUCUUCAGGAACAGAGAGAGCCAUGUGGAGGCGCACAGAGAAUCGAGGACCCUCCGAACCGGAGCUGUGCAUUUGGAGAGACGUCACAGUGAAGAGUCGUUCUCUUGCGUCUUCCCCCUGCAAGGGAACGAACAGAAGUCUUCUGGAAAGUCGCAUUCUCUGCCGUUUCUGUUCUCAUCGCCAUGUUGUUUGCACAGCAGAGAUCCAGCGAAAUCCCCUUCUUGGUUUGAGUCUCCACUUCCUUUGUUCGCCGGACUUCAGUGCAGUUGCGCGAGCACAGUUUCGAGAACUUUGGUGUCGGCUUGAACCGAAAACGAGCAAAUACUCUCGGUCAUGUUCUCUCUUUAUUUCUCUGUCGACCUCGACGAAGAGACGCUUGUCUUGCAGUCUGAGAAGCAGUUGCCUACUUUUGGACAGUACGAGGAGAACAGGAAGCUGAUUUACA